UCUGACGUAACGCGUAUACUGUUCCUGCUUCCGGCAAAAACAGCUCGAAAUUCAAAAGGUUUCCGGGGAAACAGAGUGAAGCUUGAUCCGUCAUUUUUACAGUUAGACCAGGAGGCAGAGGUUGGAUAUACUGCUUUGUUUGUACUGUGUUAUUUAUGUUCUUGAAAGAGGUGAACGUUGGUUUCUGAAAAUAAAGAUGAGCGACAGAGACUACACCGCUCCUUUAGACGCCACGGUGGAAAGGUUAAAACACAAGUAUUUGCACAGAAGAAAAACGGGCUCCACAGUAAAUAUGUCCCAGGGAAGUGGGAACAAUUCAUCCAUAGCAGAAUCAUCACCAGAAAAAAGGACACUAACAUCUGCAAUGAAGUCUCCCACUUCGGGGCUUAGCUACAGUGAGCGGAAGCACUAUAAUAAAGCUAUACGGGAGCUCUUCAACAUAGUCAAGCUCAACUCUGAUCGUCUUGACAAGACCAACAAUAGUAUUCACAAUUCACCUCCAGCAGUAAGUGAUGAUGAAUUUAGCGAAGAGGAGACUGACAAUGGUGAAGUUCCAGAUACCAACACCCAGAUAUAUACUGAAACAGAUGUGACUUUGCCUUCCAACCUGAUUAGAACUUCAGGAUCCUUUUUAACAGACCCGUGCACUGAGGUGGUUAGUGUUUCAUCCAGACGAGGUGGAAGCAGGUCCCAGCCUAGAGUGUCAGAGGAGCAGGGCUUUCUUCCGGCUGAGAUCAGUCAGAUCUAUGAGGAGAUGGCUGUUAUACACGAGAAGUUACAGGUUGAAAGUGCUGCACAGCAACAGUUUGCACUGCAGCUCCAUGAACGUGAACAGAAGUUAUUGCAGAGGGAAGCCCUGCUCCUCAAGCAACAUAAUGCCUUGAGUAAAAUCAGAGGAGUAGAGGAAGAAGUCUGCACCAAAGUCCAGAUGAUAAAAGAACAACAUGACCAAGAAGUAAAACAACUGAGUGAGACUCUGAAAGACAAAGUGAAAGAAAACAAGAGGCUUAAAUCCUCCUUUGACACCAUAAAGGAAGUGAACGAUUCUAUGAAGAAGCAGUUAAAUGCUGUAAGUGAACAGAAUAAAAUGCUGGAAACCCAGGCAAAAAAAGUUCAAGCUCGUCUAGAUAACCUACAGAGAAAGUAUGAGUUCUCAAUGGUACAGAAGAGCCGUGUAAACAUUCAACCAGCCGUGCAGGAGGUAAAACCUCAGAAACAGGAAAAGCUCCAAGACUUUCCUAAAUCCUCCAAGGUUCCCACUAACAUCAGUGUUUAUGAACUGCUGGCUGUCCUCAUGGACUGGAUAUCGGAUAGUCACCUGUGUAAUCUUGUGCCUGAAGGUGAAAAUGACAGCAAGAGGGUGCCUGGCCAGCACACUUUACCAAACAACUGUAUUCAAGAGAAAUGCACAAAGCUGUUGCCGUUGCUGACAGAGCAGCUUCAUCUGAUGCCAGCUGUAAACUCCAAGCUUCACGUACUGCUGGUAAAAUUCAUCUAUUGGACUUUAAGGCAGUUAGAAAUUGGAACACAGCAAACUUCUCUGACUUCAACUAUGAGAAGACUGGGUAAAGAAAUCUACAGAGGAGCUAUAAUUCAAGGAGAACUAGAAAGUUCUGAAGAACAAGCUAACCUUGCAAAACAAAAGUCUGCAAUCUUCUUCAAGAGUCCUAACCUACGUAUAAGAUUUUUGUCAACGCUAAUAGUUCUUAAAACAAUUUCACAAGCGGACUACUUGGCUCAAGCUUUUUACAGUUUACACAAGGACUUAAAGAGCGAUGAAGGAAAAGCUUUGUUCCUCGAGUACCAGGCUUUAUCUGUAGUUCUGAACCACCUCAGGACAUCCAGUAAAGGUCUUCUUUCUGCAGCUUUGGACAUACUGCUGCAGAUGAGCGUGGAGACGAGGUUGCUGAAUCCAUUUUUGGAAAGCUGCAGUAAUGAGGCAUUUUUCCGAACGUUCUCACUGCUGCUCCGAAACCCUAAAUUGGAAGUCCUGCUGCUAGAAAAGAUCAGCAUUAUCCUGCAGAAACUCACCAAAAUAAAGAGGAACAAGAAGCUGUUUGAGCUCUUUUCGAUGCACCUCAUGAUCCAGGAGAUGCACAGGACUGUCGACCCUGACCACACCUUUUUGUCUAUUAAUUUAACCUCAAUUCUCUUCAAUUUGGGGAUGAUCAAGCAGAACCCUCAGUCUUCCAGCCUAGGAGCAAGCCUUUAGUCACCAUGUUUUGUACAUUUUAAAUCAAGACCUUUUUCUGCAAAAAAAACUAUAUAAUUCCCCUAAUGUGUGUUUGUCAUGAAGUCAGCGACUUAUAUUUACAAUGAUUUUGAUCUAGUUACUUUAAUUUUUAUUUUGGGGAGAUUUUUGUGUUUACUUUUUAAUCUAGUAUUUGAAGUAAACCAAUUCUGUUUAACCAACAAAAAUGCUAAGUGGUAAACUGCAGUAUUAAGUUUAUCAACUGGUCUGUUCUGGGUUUAACAUUGCUAAUCACUUACCACAUGGUGAAAUGCAAACUAAAUAAUACACGUCCAUAGUGUUAAUCUCUAUGAUAAUCAACUGUUCCAGCAAAGGAUUGUCCUUUCCACUUCAAUACAUAUUGCUAGAAGCUGUUUUGUAUAAUUUAUGGAAUCAUUUCUUUAAAAAAAUAAAAUAAAAAAAAUAAAAUAUAUUUCUAUUUGUUAUGUUACAGCUGAUUUUAUCCAUUUGUUUCUGUUUAAAUGUUUUUAAUCAUGAAACUUAUUAAAUUUAAUAACAUCCCAA